CAAGCAGGCAGCAGCAGUAGUACAGUGGGAUAGAGCAGUGGAGCUCAGAGCGCAGCAUCACUAAGUGGGGUGCUUCUAGCUAUACAGUACUUUAAGAAUAUUUUGAACAGAAAGAGAAGAAAUAGAGCCGUAAUGGCUUCAUCUGUCAGUGGAGUGGAGGAAGCCCGUGUGUCAGUUCUGACCCCUUUGAAGUUGGUGGGUUUAGUGUGCAUUUUCCUGGCCCUGUGUCUGGAUAUUGGGGCAGUUUUGAGUCCUGCCUGGGUCACGGCAGACAAUCACUAUUCUCUCUCUCUAUGGGAAUCCUGUUGGAAACGUGCGAACACCGACGACAGCUGGCACUGCAACUCUACACUCGGCACUGAUUGGCAAAUUGCAACCUUGGCUUUGCUCCUAGGUGGUGCAGCCAUCAUCCUGAUUGCCUUCCUGGUGGGUUCGAUCUCUGUCUGCAUGGGCUCGCGGAGGCACUUUUACCGCCCAGUUGCUGUCAUGCUUUUCGCUGCAGUGGUUCUUCAGGUAUGCAGCCUCGUCCUGUAUCCUAUCAAAUUUAUUGAGUCCGUCAGCUUGAGAAUAUACCAUGAGUUCAACUGGGGCUAUGGGCUAGCCUGGGGAGCUACCAUUUUCUCCUUCGGGGGUGCAAUCCUCUACUGUUUGAAUCCCAAGAACUAUGAAGACUACUACUAGCACUGACCGUCCUAACAGUGUCAGCUACAGGGUGAUCUAAUGUACAACCUUAUUUUUCUAACACACGGAUCAGUAGGAAGAGAGGAAACUCCUUAGUCAUGUUUUUCAGCAUUUGGCUGCAAAAAAUAAAACUUCUAACAAAGACAACAUGGGUGGGGAAAAAACAACUAAAAACUAUUGAUGUUUUUCUAGGGAUUCACUGACCAAACUACUGAACUGACCAAAUCUGACACUUUUAAAGAUGCUGACAAUAAACUAAUAUGUGGAGAAACAAAAGAGAGUGUACAAUGGAAAUGUGCUUGCUGUCCUAACUAAAUAUUAUAAGUAUUAUAAAAGCAGUAAUAUAAGUAUUAUAAAAGUUUCUGCCACAGGGUUGGUGACCAAGAAAAAAGAGGCUGAUUCAAACACAGAAGCAAACUCGUUGUGAGUGACUACAAAACAAAACAACAAAGUAAACAGAACAGAAUUAAGGAUGUAAUUGUAUCAACUAAUAUUCUUUUGAGGACCUUCCAGUACAGGUCUUCAGAAACGUCUGAUUUUCCAUAUAUUUUCACCAGUAGAUGUACUAUCAGCAUUAGGAAGUUCGUGGGCAAAGACAGAAAGGGAAAGACAUGUGAUUCCAAUUAAGAAGCAUGUGAUUGUGCCUCAGCUCUCCAGUGUUCCAAACUGUUUCUCUAUACAGCAGGACUCCAGUAGCCCCUGAGCCACCAAAGGGGAAGAUCACAGUUGACUUGGACUUGAAGAAAAUACCUGCUCAAUGCAUACCCAGAGGAUUAUGUGGUUUGCAUGCAGCAGACAACUUUUGGAGACGACUUGCAGUCCAAAAAUAUUGUGAGGGCCAAAACUUGCUGUUACAUAUGUUCUGCGAUCAGGCUUUGCAGCUGGGGAUUCAUUUGAUUAAAACCACAUAAUUUAUUAGUGAUCCUACAAAAUCAAGAGGACCAUAAACUUUUUUUUUUAUGAAAAACCUGCAGAAAAUAAAAAUCAAUUUUUUUAGGCCACUAGUCUAUUUCAAGAAGAGUAGACCAAGGUUGCUAAAAUCCUUCUGUUGCUAUUUUUCUCCAUUUCAGGACCACAGGUCUUGCAGUUCAAAUCGAUAUCAAUCCACAGGAUUAGCUAAGCUCCUUCUUAAAAGAGAAAUGAUCACAGUCACAGAGCUUGGAUGAACAGAUAAUUACAAAAGAAAGUGUACAGGUCAACAUCCAAGAGAAUAUACCAUAUGUGUCUAAUAAACACACUGCGUUGAAGACAUGAGCCAGCAUAAAGUAAUGACUUGGUAUUGUGUAUGUUUGCAAAGAGUAUUUGUAUUACUACCCCAGCAAAGGUUUAAGCAUGUUUUAAUCAUGUUUACGGCUUAUCAGUUUUUAACUAGAUCUAGCAGUUAUGUGUCUUCAGCAGUUCAGUGUUUCAUACUUCUUUAUCUUAAGGAGAGUGGUCAGUUAUUUCUGUUUUUCUUUAAUUCAAGGACUCAGAAACAUUGUUGUUGUUCACAUAAGGGGGCACAUUUCAGAGGCUAUCAAUCUGCGACCACAAAAGUGUGACAAUUCCCUGUGACAACUCGCAAACUGAAAAAAAAGCAACACAUUGAUUUUCUUUGAUAUUAUUCUUGGCUUGGGCCUUACCAAUACAGGACACCUGUGAAUUAUUUGAGGAAUCUAAAGCGCUCAUCUGUCUCUUCAAAUAACACAAUAUGUACUUGUCAUACAAUUGUAUUACUCUAUAAAUAAUAUAUACACGGGGGGCAGCUAUCAGCAUUUUUAAAGAUACAACUAUAAUUAUAUUUACUGCAGAAACAAGAAACUAUGAAACUAGCAUUCCAGCUUAAGCGGUCUUAACCUAUAGUGAAGCUUUACUGGAUUAAAUUAAUGAAUGUGAUAACCAAGACUUAUUGAAGUUUGAUAGAUUGUAUUUUUUUGCAAGCACCUGCUUUUCAGCAUUUGGAAUUACAGCAAAAUAACUGAUUAUCAUUACACAAUAGGUCUCAACAAAUGAAAUAUAUUUUGGAAAAGACCUAAUCUACACUUUUGGAAAGAGUGCCUGCUUGCAGUUUCUUCAAUAUUUCUGAUACGACUAUAUUAACAUUGCAGUUGAAUUUGAAAAUACAUGUAAUACACCACACCAUUAGCACAAAAUACAUGUAAUUAAGCUUUCAGUGUUAUGGUAUCAAAACUAAACCUUUCUGUUAACGUCCCUAUUUCUAUUGCCCUUUCAUUUUCCUAUAUCGUACGAAUGUACCGUACCUGUCACUCCUUGUUAUGAAAAAGAUGAUGCAACAUAUGCAUAUGUGUUACGGUGGGCGAAUCUCUCACUAUUCCAAUACCACCUCCAGAUACUACUACCUACCUAUAUAUAUAUAUAUAUAUAUAUAUAUAUAUAUAUAUAUAUAUAUAUAUAUAUAUAUAUAUAUAUAUAGUAACAUGGCCACACUCACUGAGGUUCGUUUGCCCCUUUAAAAACCAUAUACCCGACACAAAACUUAGUUUUUAGUGCUUACGCGCACAUUUAAUAAUACAAAAUAAACAAAAAAAUAAACACCUAGCUCCUUUGGAGGGCUAGCUACACAUUUGCAGGUUUCCUGGCUAGCUCAAAGGACAGCUAAGCCGUUUACCCGACAAAUAACAAAAACAUAUAGUUUUAAACAGAAAUAUGAAACAGUACACACAGUUCCUGCUUGCUUACUCUUACAACACAGAGUCAGGCACUUCACACAGCAGUUGCCCAGAAGAGAGAAACUGCUUUCCUUAAAUACUCUGCACCUGGCUCUAAUUUACAAUAAUAGCCAGGUGCAGGUGAUAAUUAACAAUUAAUUAAAUUAACAAAUUACAUUACACACACAUUUGCACGUAUGUUUGCCAGGGAGGAUUUUAACCCCCUCCCUGCUGUUACUAUAUAUAUAUAUAUAUAUAUAUAUAUAUAUAUAUAUAUAUAUAUAUAUAUAUAUAUAAUCAUUAUGGAUUAGCAUGUAACUAUAAAUUGUCAAAUAAGCAACGAGUAGACCACAACAUAAGGUCUAACUGUAUAGCUAGCAAUGUAAUUUAUUCAGACUUUGUCUGUAUUUUUGUAAAGAAUCGUGCACACUAACCUGUCUCUGUGUCCUCUACAUUGCCUCAAACUGUGCCUAGAUAUUGGAUUUAUCUUCUAAGAAUCAAAUGUAUUUCCAUAUACUGGUUGGUGUUCAUUUUGUAUAUUAUUGUUGUCCUUUCUGUUGCAUUGUCUUAGAGAGAAAAACGCAAUUUUCAUUUGUUUUAAACAAAUAUGUACUUUGUUUUAGGUGAGCUACACAAAAAUUGACAUUGUUCUUUUGAUUUAAAAAAAGGUGUAUUUAAUGUAUACAGAAAUGGGGUCCAAGACACAUUACAAAUGAAGAAGCAACUAUUCAAAAGUAGUAAAACUAAUAAUAAUAAUAAUAGUAAUCAUUUUGAGGAGAGUGACUGCCAUACUGUGAACUGUUUGUGUACUGGGAAGCUCAUACAUAUUGGCAAGUUAUCACUACAACCUACAAGAUUAAUUUAUAAAACAUUUCACUCUAUCAUAUGUUUGGAAGUUUCUUAAUGUACCGUACCGGUCUAUAUGGAAAAAACAUAAUUGGGAUUAUUAUGUGCCAAAAUUAUAUCUCUGAAAUAUACUUUAUAAUAUAUAUAUAUAUAUAUAUAUAUAUAUAUAUAUAUAUAUAUAUAUAUAUAUAUAUAUAUUUGGUAUAAUUUUGAUAUAUUUUAAAUAUAUUCCAAACAACAACAACAUGCCUAUAUGUAAAAUAUGUUUGAAUAAUAUUGUAUAAAUAGAGGGAUAUGUUUUAAUUUUGCCUGACCAACUGCAUUUUCAAGUGGUAGGAUGACAGUCCUGAUAGAGUCCUGCGCGGGUCUGAUUUUUACGAACCCGCAAGCCGCUGCAACACCGUCUUCUUACCCGCGAUCCGAACCGCUUUUAUAAGACCUGCAACCCAACCUGAACUUGCAAGUGUUUGUCCUUUACCUACUGCCUGCGUCGACUGACUCUCACACUCUCACAUUCACACACAGAUAUUGCUACCAUUCUCUACAGAUUGAGUUUAUACAACAGGCUAUACAGCGUGGUAGCUUUCUCUGGUGGUCUGGAUAUAUUUUAACAUUGUAACAUUAACUGUCUCUACUAUAAAACUAUGUUUCACCUUGUUCACAAACAUUUUUAAUAUCACCAAGCAGUCGUGAUAAAAGGAUCUUGCAACGUAUCAAACAAGCGAGAACACUGCUUAGUCAGCUGACUCUUCCUUAAUUGCCUCCUGCGUUAGUGCUGGAAAUACUGGUACAUUUACCAUCUAAUAUGUUAUUUGGGCAGAAAACAUUUUGGUGAUUCAAAUUCAGACACGGAAAUUAAAUUUUUUUGACCCACACCCGAACCGCAAACCGUGAAAAAGUUCACAUUCCGACCCGAACCCGACGCGCUUUUGCGGGACACCCGAGGGUACCCGACCCGAUGCAGGACUCAUUCUUAUCAGCGGUCAUUUCCGGAAGAAGCAAUGCAUCUCCAUGAUUUAGUGUACUUUAGUGUCAUUUUCAUGGUCUGUGUGCUUCUGUUAGUUCUGUGUACUCUUUGUAUGCCUUACACCUAAGGGUUUAUCUAAGCCUGCAGUAUACAGGGUAAAGGGAUGUGUAUGUUCACCAUAACGUGCAACCAGCUGCCAUGGCCCCCUGUACAUUACGUAAGACCUGAGGUUAAACCAUCAUGGUCACAAAUUGGUUGAGUUUGUCCAAGUUGUAUAAGCAUAGAGGAACUGUAAACAGUACCUAUUGAGUUAUAUUGAAAGAUUCCAGGAUGAAGCAUGGCACUUAAAACAGGCAACUUGACAGCUCUGGCUUUUUAACCUACUUCAGUGACCCUGUUAUAAAGAGCCAGUGAUGAUGAGCUUUACCAUGAUGACUAGAUUACUGUAACUUAUUCCCUGAAGGGACUAUUUACUCUUGCCUUGACUCAUGUUCCAGAGAGUCCCAAAAAAUUGUUUGCAAGGAAACAUGGACUAAUACUUAUAAGAGAUUUUAUAUAUAUAUAUAUAUAUAUAUAUAUAUAUAUAUAUAUAUAUAUAUAUAUAUAUAUAUAUAUAUCGUUGUUUUGUAGGCAAGGCUGCCAAUAUUUAUGAGCACCGCAGUAUGUUUUCUGUAGCUAUAUGGGGUUUAAAAUUUAAUAUAAAUAAUUACAGAAGUAAUUUUUUCAGUUUUCACAGCACCUAAGAGAGCCUAGGCUUUCUAUAUUUGUAUACAUCGACCAUGCCAGCUGGGAAACUGACAACUAAUUGUGCUGUAUGCACCUGUCAGACAUCAAAUACAGUGUGAAAUUGAAAUUAGGCAAUUAUCUGUGGGACAAUUAAAAUGGGAUAAAAGAACAAUUACCCUUUUCUAAUUCCUUGUAUAAACACAUACCCAAUUCCCUUUAUAGGGUUUUAUGGAGAGUACCACUGAAAUGCACUGUGUCAAUUGCUUCAACUGUUAAUGUGAGUUGUUUUACAGUACAGUACAUUAUAUCUGAUAUAUUUGGACACAACUAACAUAAUAAACAUUUAAAAAAAAGCAUUGUGGUGUUUUG